AUGCGAGGAGUGCAAUGGGAGUCGAGUCUAGCAGUCGCUCUUCUUUGUGGAAGUGCAUCCGCCGUCGCAUUCAACGCCAAAGAUGAGGCGUCGGUCAAGAAUGCUGCCAGUGUAGCUGCCAACAAUACCAUUGCGCUCUACAAUGGUCGCAAUACCAGCGAUAUCCCCGGCAAAUGGGCGGGCGCAUGGUACCCGGGAGGUGUGAUGUUCGACACCUUGAUCAACUACUGGUAUUUCACUGGCGACAGCACAUACAAUAAGGUCGUCAGCGAUGGCAUGUACUGGCAAGCGGGGAAUGAUUCAGACUUUUUCCCGUCAAACUACAGCCAAAGCUUAGGAAACAGCGAUCAGCUGGUUUGGGGUUUCGCUGCCAUGUCGGCGGCGGAGAUGAAUUUUACUCGGAACAGCUCGCGCCCGUCGUGGACUACUAUGGCUGAGAAUGUUUUCAAUACUCAAGUUGCUCGCUGGGAUACGCAUAACUGCAAGGGUGGGAUGCGAACGGGGAUAUGGCCCUACCAGGAAGACUACCAGUUGAAGGACGCUCUGAGUAAUGGUGGACUCUUUGAACUUGCGGCUCGCCUGGCCCAUUCGACGAGCAACAAAACCUACUCGGAAUGGGCCGAGAAGAUCUGGACCUGGAGUGGUACCACGUCGCUGUUGGACGUUGACGCAGGAUCCGUCUCUGACUCGACGACAUGCGACUCGAAUUGCUCCAAGAGAAGCACCAGUCUCGAAUGGUCAUGGAAUUACGGGGUCUUUCUCAGCGGAGCUGCGUACAUGUACAACAUGACCAACGGCGACAAAAAGUGGAAGACUGGUAUCGACAAUCUCCUGAAUGCCACCACUCUCCUGUUCUUCCCCACGGAUGGAUUCGGCUUGGCUGAUGGCAAGAUUAUGAUUGAGAUGGCAUGUGAGCCAUCAAACACAUGCGAUCAAAGCCAGGUGGUCCUCAGGAGCACUUUCAUCCAAAGUCUUGUGCAGACCGCACUGAAGGCUCCCUAUACCCUAUCCAAGAUUGUGCCCUUGCUACAGGGCUCUGCAUCUGCGGCGGCGAUUACCUGUACGGGCGGCAAGUCCAAUCUGUGCGACGGUCCGUGGUACAUGGAGAAGAACGGUGUGAACGGUACCACUGAGGAUCAAAUGGCCGCCCUCAGCAUCUUCACUUCGAACUUGAUUGCUUUCCAGGGCUCUGGAUCUGCAGCAUCAUCGCCGGGCGCGAACAGCACAAAUUCCUCGAGCACUACGGCGUCACCCACGCAGACUGCGAGCUCGACGGGGGCCUCUGGUGCUGCUACCACGACCGCCGGAAACAACGAGGCCGGAGUGCUUGUCAGUAGCACGAGAGCAAUGCUUCUGGCCAUAUUCUUGGCGGCCUUUGCAGCCCUGCUCUGA